UUUGACAUGUUUAACCGACACAAAUCUUCCACGAGCAGCGCCACCCGCCCUCUGCCUGCCCAGCACUGACUACUGCUUCCCUCCAGAACUCACUGAAACCGCCCUUUACCCCGAGCAGAGCCGCGUUUAUCAGGAGAUAAUAUAAGAUAUAUCAGCAUGGACUUUAUUCAGAAACUAAUGUCGGGCUUCAGACUUGACCUGAGUCCUGUGAAGGAGCCUCUGGGCUUCAUUCGACUGCUGGAGUGGCUCUUCACUAUCUUUGCCUUUGCCACCACUGGCGGCUAUGUUGGUUCCUCCUCCAUGACCACCAACUGUCCCAAUGCAACAUCUAAUACAGAUAUAGUUGCAAACUUUGGCUAUCCUUUCAGGCUCCCGAGUCGUCCGUAUGAAAUGAGCUUUUGCAACGGCACCAAGGUCAAUAUGUACCUGACGGGUGAUUUCUCCUCUUCUGCCGAGUUCUUUGUGUGUGUGGGUGUCUUCGCCUUCCUGUACUGCACCUUUACCCUGAUUCUGUACCUGGGAUACCAGCACGUUUACAGAGAAACCACCCGAGGACCUAUUAUUGACCUGAUUUUGACUGGGAUCUUUGCGUUCAUGUGGCUGGUUUCUUCCUCAGCCUGGGGAAAAGGACUGACUGAUGUGAAACAUGCUACCAGCCCGCAAACGCUGAGCGAACUGUGCAAUCCACAUUGCUUAAUCAAGGAGUAUCCUCCAAUGGGACGCCUCAAUGCUUCUGUGAUUUUUGGCUUCCUCAAUCUCAUCUUGUGGGUGGGUAACUGCUGGUUCAUCUACAAGGAGACCCCGUUCCACAAGCCUGCUCAUCAACCUCCCAACCCAGAGGAUCCUGGUUCAAGCUCCUAAGCGGAUCAGCCAGACUCCUCCCUCGCCUUUCAAGCCAAUCAAAACUAGAGGAUGCCACUGUCGAGUUCACAUUGACUCAUCCUAAAGUGAAGUUUGAUCUUUCACUCGGCCAAACGUUCCAGCUGAUGCAGGGCGGCACUGCUUUUACACGCACUGAGCGGAACACACGUUACAGCGUUAAUGUUGAUUUUUUUUUUUUGGUUUGUGGUUUUACUUGUCAGUCAGUAUCGGAACAUCUGUUUUGAUGGCGUUGUUUGGAACAAGUGUUUUACAUCCAGGUUCUAUAUAAAAAAAAAAAGAAAGAAUAACCCUUAAAAUGAUUGAUUGGUUGAUUGAAUUUCCUGGAAUGUUACUGCAAAUUUAUAUCCCACUCUUACUAAUCAUUACUUUUGCUUUCUGUUGAUGUUUUUGUCUUUUCAACCAGCUGUUCUGUAUGUAUAUGUGUGCAUGCCCUGAAUCUCCCUAAUUACGUGGAAAAAUGCAGGUGAUUAACUAUCUGUAAAAAAUGUUCUUCAGAUCUGCUGUGGGGUUGGACAAAACUUCUCUAAAUGAAGGCCAUGCUUUAUGGCUAUGUACCAGUUAAUUUUCCAGGUACAACAAAUUGUUGUUUUGUUGUUGCAAAAAUGGAAAAACACUACCACCUUAUAUAUUGCCACGUUAGCCUUCACAUUCACACAUAUACAUAUACUAUAUUGCCAAAAGUCUUCUUACACAGUCUUUCUCUGUGUAAUUAGUUUGAAAAUCUAAUGCCAGCUUCUGAUUCAGGUUCACAAAACUCAGAUGUUGCCUUUGAAAUCUUUCUCCAACACAAAGUGCCAUAAUGUUAAUGUUAAUGUGCCUUACGUAUCCGUGUGCAUUGAGACACUAACAUAUAUUGCUGGAGCCACUUUAGAAGCUUGACUUUAUAGUGUAGAUGUUUGCACUGUUUGUUCUUCCAAGUGCCUUCAUCUUUGCAUCUGUUAUCUAGUUACUUAGGAGAGCUUCUUAAAUUUUUUUGGAGGGAUAUCCACAUAAUUACAUAGUUUGUACAUAUAAACAUAGUCAAUUGAAGUAGGCUUGGGGUAAAAUGAUCUAAUCUAAUUUAGAUCCUACCAGCUGAAUGCCAGUCCAGGCCUAGCAUUAACAUCUGUCCGGGGUAUCUAAUCUGAUUGUAAAUAGGUAGUAGUACAAAAUACAGGCGUAAUCCGGACAUUUAGACCUCUUGCUUUUUAGUGUGAACACCAAAAGCAUGCAUUAAUGCAAGCUGCAUUAACCUCACCACUGCUCCUGCCAAAAUAUACUGUACAUAAUAACCGUGAGACUACACGUCCACAUCCGGAGUGGUUAGCUGAGCACACUACAAUAACAAGCUAAUGCAAAAAAGGCAAUACUUUUGCAAAACUCUAAAUUUGGAUUUGAACUGAAGACUCUUUAGUAUCCAGUAGAAAUUAUGAAAUCUGAGAAAUCUGAUUACAAGCACUUACAAGAGAUUCGUUUAACCCCUUAACAGGACAUUACACCCCUAAAUCUUGAGGAUUUCUAUUCAAGCAUUACAAAAAAAAAAUCCUAGAAAGUAUAGAAAAAUUGUCAAAUAAAUCUGCAACUGUCAAAAUAUAAUGAACAAAAAUCGUAAAAUUGGCUCUUUUCGAAACUUUCUAAAAUUCGAUCAAUACAAAUCUUGAAUACAAAUCAAACAGUUUGUCCUCCAAACAUUUUUAAUGUUAUGUUUGUCUAUUUUUUACAUCUAUUUUCAAACAUACAGAAUUUGGUUUAUUCCUGUUACUGAUGUAAAAUUAUUCAGUGAAGUAGAGAGGAAACUGACAAUAAUUUGCAAACAGAUCACCCAGGACACAUGAUAAUUGGGUAGAUUUACUACCUUUUUUUUUUUUUUUUAAACAUCACAAAAUUGCAUUACUAUAUUUCUGUACAGUGAUCCAUUUCAAUCCAAGCCACUCUACAAACAUUUAAUUACAGUAAAUAAAUUGAAAAUCUGUGGAAAUCAGAAUUCCCCUUUCAAAAUUUAGCCAUGCCACACUCGAAAAUUAAAAGCACUCAAUACGUCAGGGACAGAUCACCAAAUCAAAACUAACACUGUUGAACUGUUUAGAUUUGAUUGGUUGGUGAUGAAUUACUUUAAGCCAAACUGUUCGCUUCAGCACUUCAAGAAAAAAAAAAAAAAGUUUAACACUUAACACACUUUAACACUAAUUUCCUUUACAUUUUUAUGUAAUCUGUGCUUAAAUUUGAGAAGGAGCCUUAUUUAUAGUUGUUAGGUCUGUUUGCUCAUGAUGCCGAUGUUUGUGUCUGAUCUAUAUAUAUAUAUAUAUAUGAAUAACCUCUUGUGUGAUUCUGUAUUUGGUUAUCCUUUUCAGUCUGUUUUCAUUUUGCAAAACAGUUGAGCAAGAAGAAUCUCAGCUUUAGAAAGGGUAGUGUCUCUCUUGAGUACGUUUGAUUGGAAAAUAAGUUAAAUCAGUUUAAGCUACAUAAGAAGAAUAUGUUCAUGUUUAGAUUGUGAUGUUAGUGAAUAGAAGGAGAAACCUGUAGUUAAUUGUCUUCAGUAAAUCUGUAAGUUUGUGUUGCUUUAGAUCACUUUAAUUUUUAAUCAGUCAGGCUUUGAAUCUUUUAUUUUGCAUUAUCCGUGAUUGUUUUACUCCUGCAGUAAAAAAAUAUAAGUAAAAAUCCUUGCAGAUGUUGUGCCUUAGCCCUUAAUCUUCCUAGCUUUUGUUCGUCAGGGUGUAGCCUGUCAGCCAGCAGUGUAGAGAUUUGCCUUAAAUAAAAAUGGCUCUGAUAGAGAAGCCAGUCUGUUUGUCAGCAGUAUUUAAAGGAAACACAAGUGCCACUACAGUAGCUUAUCUCUCUUUUGAAGCCUGUCUCCUGUUGUCUGUGUUCUUCACUUGGAGAACCCCUAAAGGGCCUUUUUUUCUAAAUACAUUUACUCUAAUUUUCUUAACAGUUGUUUUUGGGGGGAUAAAUUGCUUUUGUUCUUUGUAUCAUUAUUGAUAAGAUGAAAUGAGAUAAGACGAGGAGUAAAAUAUUAACCAAGUUUGUUUGCAUUCUUGUGAGGUGGAGGAUUAAAUGGGGAGAGUUUGUUUCA